ACUGCAGAGAGGGGGAGGAGCCUCCAGUGAAAGUGUUCAGACUGGUUCUAACUUCAAGCAGCAGACGCAGGAGACGUGAAGUCUGAGGCUGCUCGCAGUGUUUUUCCUCUCAGACUGAAGAUGAGUGGUUAUGAGGAGGAAGAGGACAGAGCCGAGUCUCCAGGGUUCAGCUGUGUGUCUCUGAAGAGUGACUGGUCCAUGAAUCAGCCUCCAACCUUCAGUGAAGAACCUGGACCCUCACACACAGAAGGUCAGGACCAGAGACUGAGAGCAGAGUCUCCAGGGUCCAGCUGUCUGUCUCUGAAGAGUGACUGGUCCAUGGAAGUUCCUCUACACUUCAGUAAUGAACCUGGACCCUCACACACAGAGGAGAGGAAGAGGAGGAGUCAUGUUUCUGAGGAGGAGCAGUCGUCCUGCUGUGCUUCGUGUCAGGACGUCCUGAAGGAUCCAGUCUCCACCAGCUGUGGACACUGGUUCUGCAGACAGUGCAUCACCUCAUACUGGGACCAGUCUGGUUCUUCAGGAGACUCCUCCUGUCCCCAGUGUGGACAAAGAUCCAGAACAGGAGCUGGAGCAGAUCGUGGUCUGCAGGAGGUUUUAGAUGAACAUCAGCUCAGUGUGAGGAGGAGAUGUGAACAUGUGACUGAAGGAAGUGAUGAAACAGGAAGUAGAACCCUCCUCAACAGGAUCUACACUGAGCUCUACAUCACAGAGGGACAGAGUGAAGAGGUUAAUACUCAACAUGAGGUGAGGCAGCUUGAGACGGCUUCCAAGAAGAAGAUCCUCCACGACACUCCCAUCAGGUGCCACGACAUCUUUAAAGCCUACACUGACCAGCAGAGCAGCAUCAGAGUCGUCCUGACCAACGGCGUCGCUGGCGUUGGAAAAACCUUCUCGGUGCAGAAGUUCACUCUGGACUGGGCCGAGGGUUUAGAGAACCAGGAUGUGGGUCUGCUGACUGUGCUUUCGUUCAGGGAGCUGAACCUGGUGAAGGACCAGCAGCACAGUCUCCUCACGCUGCUCCGUGUUUUCCAUCCAGCGUUACAGAAGCUCACGGCAGAGACGCUCGCUGUCUGUAAACCUUUGUUCAUCUUUGACGGCCUGGAUGAAAGCAGACCUUCUCUGGACUUCAACCACAGCGAGCUUGUGUCUGAGGUCACACAGAGGUCAUCAGUCAACGUGCUGCUGACAAACCUCAUCCGGGGGAAUCUGCUUCCCUCGGCUCUCGUCUGGAUAACCUCCAGACCUGCGGCGGCCAAUCAGAUCCCUCCUGCUUGUGUUGACAGGGUCACAGAAGUACGAGGCUUCACUGAGGCCCAGAAGGAGGAGUACUUCAGGAGGAGAUUCAGUGAUGAAGAGCUGUGCAGCAGAAUCAUCUCACACAUCAAGACGUCCAGGAGCCUCCACAUCAUGUGUCAAAUCCCAGUCUUCUGCUGGAUCAGUGCUACAGUUCUGGAGCACAUGUUGACCACAGACCAGAGAGGAGAGCUGCCCAAGACCCUGACUGACCUGUACUCACACUUCCUGCUGGUUCAGACAAAGAGGAAGAACAACAAGUACGGUGAGGGACAUGAGACGAGUCCACAGCAGCUGACGGAGGCUGACAGGGACGUUCUCCUGAAGCUGGGGAGGCUGGCACUUAAACAUCUGGAGGAAGGAAACAUCAUGUUCUACCAAGAAGACCUGGAGCGGUGUGGUCUUAAUGUCACAGAGGCCUCGGUGUACUCAGGAGUUUGUACUGAGAUCUUCAGAAGAGAGUGUGUGAUCUUCCAGAAAUCAGUCUACUGCUUUGUUCAUCUGAGCGUUCAGGAGUUCCUGGCUGCAGUCUACAUGUUCCACUGUUACACCGAGAGGAACACAGAAGAACUCAAGAACUUCUUGGGAACAGAUGAGGACACAGACAGUACCUCCUCCCUGGAUAACCUCCUGAAGAGAACCAUGGAGAAAUCCCUCUGGAGUACAAAUGGUCAUCUGGACCUGUUUGUUCGCUUCCUUCACGGCCUCAGUCUGGAGUCCAACCAGAGAGUCUUAGGAGGCCUGCUGGGUCGGAGAGGGAACAAUCCAGAGAUCAUCCAGAGAGUCAUCAACAACCUGAAGGAGAUGAGGACUGAUGACAUUUCUCCUGACAGAAGCAUCAACAUCUUCCACUGUCUGACUGAGAUGAACGACCACUCAGUUCAUCAGCAGAUGAAACAGUUCCUGACGUCAGAGAACAGAUCAGAGGAGAAACUCUCUGGGAUCCACUGCUCAGCUCUGGCCUACAUGCUGCAGAUGUCAGAGGAGGUUCUGGAUGAGUUGGACCUGGAGAAGUUCAACACAUCAUACCUGGGUCGACGUAGACUGAUCCCAGCUGUGAGGAACUGCAGG